CUUUAUAUUUUUUUCCUUUUAUCUGUAAUUUGUAAAUAUUUCAGUAAUUAAAACUUCGUCAACAAUAAAUACAAUUAAACACUAUUCUUUUCCUUCCUUUCUUUUUUGAAAUAUAUUUAUUUGAUGUUAGAAUAAUAUGCCUUUCUUGAACAAUAAUAGAAACGAUGACAAAGGCGAAAAGCUGAACGAGGAAACGCCUCUACUACAAACAUUUACAUCUAGCAGUAGUAGCAGCACUAAUAAUAGCACGGAAAUCGAUACUUGUUGUGGCAAUCCAAAUGGCUGUUGUGGCUACAAAAACGACCUCAAAAUACAACAAGGAUUGAACGAUAAGCAUACGACAACUUUAGACAUAGUCAGGACACAUAGUGGUAAUGAUGACGAAAAUGAUAUCACCUGCAAGUUAGCCAGCCAACCUUGGAAAUACAAGAUCGUUGCAUUAUCAUGUGCCAUGUUUCUCGCAAUGGGAAGCCAUUUUGCUGCACAUACAUUAGGUGCUAUGAAGUCAACCAUUAAAGAGGUACGGAUUUUGGGGGGGUUUUUUUUUAAUACUCCACUUUAAAAAUAUCAGCAUAAAAAACCUACCCUAAUGUCGCUUUUCAAACUUUAAUCGGUGGCAUUUUUAUU